AUGUCGUCUGUACGUUAUUGCUUGGCCCUGUUCGUGGUUUGUCAAGGUGUGUUGGCAAUAUCAGCAGAAUAUGAUUUCGCCGGAGAAUACGCGAAAAUCACCCAACUGCAAUCCUCACAAGAAUUCGCAUUUGAAAAGCGAGACGAUGUCCCCGCUGGAUAUGUCGCUUCACCAUAUUAUCCCACUCCUAAAGGGGGUUGGGUCUCAAGCUGGAGUGCAGCCUACGCAAAGGCCGAGAAAGUAGUUGGAAAUAUGACAUUGUCCGAAAAGGUCAAUAUGACGACUGGAACGGGGUUCUUGAUGGGGCCAUGUGUGGGAAACACUGGAUCUGCUCCGCGAUUUGGGAUUCCGAAUCUUUGUCUCCAAGACUCCGCGCUAGGAAUCGCUGCUACAGAUAACAUCACCGCUUUUCCAGCUGGAAUCACAACUGGGGCUACAUUCUCAAAAUCAUUGAUGUAUGCUAGGGGAGACGCAUUGAGCCAAGAAGCACGGGGAAAGGGAGUCAAUAUUCAACUUGGCCCGACGAUAGGUCCUAUUGGAAGGCAACCACGAGGAGGAAGGAAUUGGGAAGGCUUUGGUGCUGAUCCUAGUCUCCAAGGUUUUGGAGGAUCUGAGACCAUCAAAGGAAUGCAAGCCAAUGGUGUGAUAGCCACCGUCAAGCACUGGGUCGCCAACGAGCAAGAGCAGUAUCGCAUGGACAUAGUUCCUCAUGGCACCAUGAAAGCACUUAGCGCUAAUAUCGACGACCGAACAUUGCACGAGCUUUACGCUUGGCCCUUCAUGGAUGCCAUCAAAGUUGGAGUCGGUGCAGUUAUGACAAGUUACAAUGAUGUGAACGGAAGUGCGGCAUCACAAAACAGCAAGUUGAUCAAUGGUAUCUUGAAAGAUGAAUUUGGUUUCCAGGGCUUGGUCAUGAGUGACUGGCUAUCUCACAUUGGAGGAGUUUCGGCAGCAUUGUCAGGUCUUGAUAUGUCAAUGCCGGGAGAUGGUGCAAUUCCUUUCCUUGGGUUGUCUUACUGGGCAUCCGACCUUUCUAAAAGCAUUUUGAACGGUACUGUUCCGCUCGAGCGCUUAAACGACAUGGCUACUCGAAUUGUUGCAACCUGGUUUCAAUUUGGUCAAGACAAAGAUUAUCCUCUACCAAAUUUCUCAGCCAACACUGCUGAUCGUGAAGGACCGUGUUACCCCGCUGCACUUAUCUCGCCCACUUGCGCUGUAAACCAAUAUGUCAAUGUUCAAGGAGAUCACGCAUCUAUCGCCCGACAGGUUUCUCGAGAAGCCAUCACGCUGUUGAAGAAUGAUAACAAAACAUUACCUUUGUCUUCUUCGGCUACUCUAAAAGUCUUCGGCUCAGAUGCUCAGACAAACCCUGACGGUCCUAAUGCUUGCAAUCAACGCAAUUGCAACAAAGGUGUUCUUGGAAUGGGCUGGGGGAGUGGAACUGCAAAUUAUCCUUACAUGGAUGCUCCGAUAGAUGCAAUUAAGCGAAGAGCUUCAGCUGUGACUUACUACUCGAGUGACUCCUUCCCAGGAGGUCUUAUGGCCACUGCCGGAGACAUCGCAAUUGUUUUCAUAAGCAGCGACUCCGGAGAGAACCAACAUACCGUGGAAGGCAAUAAUGGUGAUCGUUCAGCAAGUGGUCUCUACGCCUGGCACAACGGCGAUGCACUCGUAAAAUCCGCCGCUGCCAAGUAUGCAACUGUGAUUGUUGUGGUCCACACCGUAGGGCCGAUACUCGUGGAAGAAUGGGCAGAUCUUCCGUCCGUGAAAUCGAUUGUCUUUGCACAUCUUCCAGGACAAGAAGCAGGAAACUCACUCACAGACAUCCUCUUCGGCGACUACUCUCCAAGUGGCCAUCUACCCUAUUCGAUCCCUAAGAAAGAGAACGACUAUCCAGCCUCCGUAAGUCUCAAAGGCUUCCAAUUUUUCCAAGUCCAAGACACCUUCUCCGAAGGCCUCUACAUCGAUUACCGCUACCUCAACAAACACUCCAUCGCCCCCCGCUACGCCUUCGGCACCGGACUAUCCUACACCACAUUCUCCUACUCCGCCCUCAUACUCACCUCCAACAUCCCCCUCUCCGCUCUCCCUCCGGCGCGCGCACCAAAGGGUUCCACUCCAAUCUACACCUCUGCCAUCCCAGCCGCAGCAGAAGUAGCCUGGCCCAGCAACUUCCCCCGGAUCUGGCGCUACCUGUACCCCUACAUCGACAACCCCUCCGCCAUAACCGCGACAGGAAAAUACAACUACCCAGCCGGAUACUCGACGACUCCUAAACCUGACCCCCCAUCUGGCGGUGACGAAGGCGGAAACCCGGCGCUCUGGGAUAUCAUGUUCACGCUCUCUGUGACCGUAAUCAACACCGGCAGCGUAGCGGGCAAAGAAGUCGUCAUGGUGUUCCUGCAACAUCCGUCGGACUCUCCAUACGAUACGCCUGUCAUCCAGUUAAGGAAUUUCGAGAAGACGGAGACGUUGGUGCCGGGUGGGAAUCAAGUGCUGAGUAUCGGUGUGACGAGACGCGAUCUCAGUGUUUGGGAUACGGUGCAGCAGAAUUGGGUUAUUCCUGUUAGUGCGACACAGCCAUUCUUGUUUUGGAUCGGGAAUGGGAGUGGGAACUUGACUGUUGCUUGUGAAAGUCUAAGUGGUGUUUGUGAGGGUGGAAGGGUUAAGCCUGUUGCUUAG